AGGGUGGCAUAAAGGCAUGCGAUAAAGAGGAACAGGGUGUAAGAGCUGUUUGCGCUGCCCCACGGAAGGUAGUCGAAGGAAAGGAUCGGCGAAGGAUGUGGUUUCGGGCCGUGAGCUGAAUUGGAUAGAGGCUGAGAACACGCCCCUUAUUGAUUUGAUACGAAGCUGUCUUCAGAUUCGAUUCGAACGCGGACAUCCGCCGGGGAACAUUCCAGCGCGCGUGCCAGUGCCUCAGUGCGCAAGUCCGCCAGCUGGUGGGGAGGGGAAAACCGACGCAAACCCGACGCAAACCCCCCCCGUCUCGCGCCUGUGCACCGCCCGGGAGACUCUCGAACCACCUCCCGCUGAUUGGCCGGCCCAUCGAAAGAUUGCUGAAGGCGACAAGCCGGUUGGUUGAGGUCGGUUGGGACGAUGCUGCGGGCGGCGCUGGCGCAUGCGCGGCAAAGUGGGAGCCUGUGGUCCAGGCGAUCAGCGGUGGUACCAGCUUGUGAGAGCGGCCAUCUGUUAUCGCACUUGUUUUCCGGGUGUAUUGGAAGUAGGAAUAUAGCAACAAUGCCAGAAAUCAACAUGGACAAUCUGGAUGAAAAGCAGGUCCAGCUAUUGGCUGAAAUGUGCAUCCUGAUUGAUGAAAAUGAUAAAAGAAUUGGGGCAGACACUAAGAAAAAUUGCCACCUUAACCAGAACAUCAAUAAAGGCUUACUGCACAGAGCUUUCAGUGUCUUCAUCUUCAAUAAUGAGGGGAAACUUCUGCUGCAACAGAGAUCUGAUGCAAAGAUCACGUUCCCAGGUUGUUUUACAAACACUUGCUGUAGUCACCCUCUCAACACUGCAACAGAAACAGAGGAGAAAGAUGCUAUUGGUGUCAGACAAGCUGCCCAGCGCAGGUUAAAAGAGGAGUUUGGAAUACCUGUUCAACAGGUUCCUCUGGAAGAGAUGAACUACGUGACUCGCAUUCACUACAAGGCUCAGUCUGAUGGGAUCUGGGGAGAACAUGAAAUUGAUUACAUAAUUUUCAUACAGAAGGAUGUAACUUUGAAACCUGACCCCAAUGAGAUACAAAGUCACUGCUAUGUGACUAAAGACGAACUCAAGAACCUGUUGGAAAAGGCAGAGAACAACGAAGUGAAAAUCACACCAUGGUUCAAACUUAUUGCUGAGAAGUUUCUAUUCACGUGGUGGGACAGUCUACAUAACCUGAAGCAGUUCAUAAAUCAUGAGAAAAUUCACCGAAUGUAGAAUGCUUUUGAUUGAGUGGAGCAACUGUCUUUAAAAGAACUAACCUUGCAUAAGUUAAAACUUUUACUAUAAUCUAUUUGCAAAGUAAUGUCAAGAAAAUGGAUGUUCGAAUUAAAAAUUUCCAGUAAGCAGCCCAACUGAAGAUGGGGAAAUGCUUCUCAAAAUGGGCUUGUUUUAUUAUUUGUACAAUGUUACAUGUGAAAUAGUGAUUACUGAUUUUAUUUUUCUCUCAAACUUCUGUUUAAAAACCAUCUGAAUGUAAAUAACAUUAAACUAGUGCCAUUUAGGCAAACAUUA